AUGUAUAUAACCAAAAUGACAGAGGAAAGCGGGCCGGGAAUGAAAGUGAUACUAAUGGAUAAGGAGACGACAAGUAUAGUCAGCAUGGUGUUUAGCCAGUCUGAAAUUCUGCAAAAAGAAGUUUACCUGUUUGAAAGAAUAGACAGUGUGACCAAAUGGGACAAUUUAAAACACAUGAAAUGCAUAGUCUUCCUGCGUCCUACCUCUGAGAACUUGGCAUUAUUUUGCCGAGAGCUGAGAUGCCCUAAAUAUGGAGUCUAUUAUGUUUAUUUCAGCAAUGUUAUAUCAAAGUCAGACGUAAAGACUCUGGCAGAAUGUGACCAGCAGGAAUCUGUGAGAGAGGUACAAGAAGUCUUUGCAGAUUAUUUAGCUGUGGAUCGUCAUCUUUUCUCUUUCAAUAUACCCGCCUGUUUACAUGGUACGUCAUGGAAUCAGCAACACCUUCAGCGAUGUUCCCAAGGCUUGCUUGCUCUGUUUUUGUCCUUAAAGAAACGUCCCAUCAUUAGAUACGCCACAGGGUCUACGGUCUGCUCUCGUCUUGCUGAACGCGUGAAGGAGCUCGUGAGACGCGAGGCUGCGCUCAUGGAUAACAACAUACCAUACGCCGACGUGUCUCCUCAGCUACUAAUAUUGGACAGGCGAGACGACCCUGUGACGCCGUUAUUACAUCAGUGGACAUACCAGGCCAUGGUGCACGAACUUCUCACGAUCAACAAUAAUCGUGUGAGUCUGGCACACGUACCCGAAGUACAUAAAGAUUUGAGGGAAGUGGUUUUAUCUGCUGAACAGGAUGACUUCUACGCUAAGAAUCUAUACUCGAACUUUGGAGAGAUCGGGCAGACAAUCAAAUCUCUGAUGGACGAGUUCCAGAAAAAGGCCAAGAGUCAGCAGAAAGUGGAGAGCAUCGCCGAUAUGAAGAACUUUGUUGAGACCUAUCCUCUUUUUAAGAAAAUGUGCGGAACAGUUACCAAGCACGUGACGGUGGUGGGCGAGCUGUCUGCCAACGUGGCCCGACAUGAGCUGCUGCAAGUAUCCGAACUGGAGCAAGAGUUGGCAUGUCAGACUGACCACGCUAAGCAUUUGCAGCGAGUGAAGGCUCUCCUAGGCAACGAGAAAGUGCGAAUCGACGAUCUAGUAAAGUUGGUCGCCUUGUACGCCUUGCGUUACGAGAAACAUUCGAAUAACGCUCUGGCGUCGCUGGUGGACACGUUGCGCGCGCGGGGGGGCGAGGCAGCCGCGCGGGCGGCGGUGCUCGUCUUGGAGUAUGCCGGAGCGCAUUCUAGGCAGAGCGACUUGUUCGGAUUGCAGGAUGCGGCUAAAAUAACUAAGAGGUUCUUUAAGGGUUUGAGCGGCGUAGAAAACAUCUACACACAACACACACCUCUGUUGAAAGACACUUUGGACGAUCUACUGAAGGGCAAGCUACGCGAGAACCUAUACCCCGCCGUAGGAGGCGAAGACAUCUCGAGCAGGCGACCCCAGGAGGUCAUCGUGUUCGUCGUGGGGGGCGCAACGUACGAAGAGGCGUUGUGCGUUCACCAGAUAAACCGGGCGAACCCCGGCGUGAAGGUCAUCCUAGGCGGAACGACGGCUCCGAAUAUCGCUUACAAAACUUUACACGAGACGUUCAGUCUUCGUUACCGCUCAGAACCUCCCGCGUCCGCUCGACUUCGCUUCUAUAAAAAUAAACUUUCUUCGUUGCUUCUCGAAGGUUCCGAGGUUUGGACAGUCGGUGUAACGCAUCCCGUCGGGCGGGCUCUGGCGCCACGUGAAAUCGCACCGGGCUGCACUGAGGCAGUCCCGGACAGUGGCGACCGCCUCGGUCUAUAG